GGGGGGCGGCGUUAACCGGGAGAGAGAGAAAGAAAAAAAUAAAUGAGUGAGCUUGUAUUUGGGACCUUUGAUUUGUGCGGGGACGCAAGACCCGAGUUAGAAACUCGCGGUGCCGCUUUUGCACGAACGAGAAAACGGCUGCUGGGCUCGGGCUGGUUGUCAGGCCUCAGUUUAAGCGCCGCCAUCUUUGUGAGGGGCAAUGUGUAGCAGGGCGCAUGCGCAUUCUCCUCCUCGGCACGGGGGCGAUUUGCAGAGGGGCAUUCACGCAGCGAUCUUGCAAGAGAAACAUUUGUUUUAUUUGCAGAUGUCUAUCCUGGACUGACAGCGAUUAUUUUUUUUUUGCUUUUUGUCAAUUCGUUUUGCAGGAUAUUUAAUUGAGAAUAGACCGGGAUCUCAAAACAAGUUCUGACAGUCAGUGGAGUCAUCACGAUCUGAACACCACUGGCAUUUAACUGUGCGAGGUUAAAAGAAUUUUGAACAUUGAAGGAAAAAGCAUUGUUCACAGCGGAAGAAACGGGCGUCGUCUGCACGUGGAAGAGUCUGUGAAGGUUAAUCUGACAUGUCCAAACGCCAGCGCAAUCACCCGAGGGAGAGACGGUGGAAAUGUGCGGAUUGUGGGAAGGGAUUUCUUUACCCAUCCCAGCUGAAGACUCACCAACGCAGUCACACUGGGGAGAGCCUGUGGAAAUGUGGGGAUUGCGGGAGGGGUUUUCUUUACCCAUCCGAACUGGAAACUCACCAACGCAGUCACACUGGGGAGAAGCCAUUCACCUGCUCUGAUUGUGGGAUGGGAUUCAGUCAGUCAUCCCACUUGCGAAUACACCAACGGGUUCACACUGGAGAGAGGCCUUUCGCCUGCUCCGUGUGCGGGAAAGCAUUCGCUCAGUCGUCUGACCUGCGGAUCCACCAGCGUGUUCACACUGGAGAGAGGCCAUUCACUUGCUCCGACUGUGGGAGAGGAUUCACUUCCUCAUCCAGCCUGCUGAAACAUCAACGUAUUCACACUGGGGAGAGACCAUUCACCUGUUCUGAAUGUGGAAGAGGGUUCAAUUACACAUCUAAACUACUGAUACACCAGCGGAUUCACACAGGGGAGAAACCAUUCACCUGUCCUGAAUGUGGGAAAGGAUUCAAUCGCUCAUGUAAUCUGCAGAUACACCAGCGUGUUCACACUGGGGAGAGACCAUUCACGUGUUCUGAUUGUGGGAAAGCAUUCAAUUGCUCGUCGAGACUGCUGAUACACCAGCGCGUCCACACCAGAGAGAAACCACUCAGCUGCCCUGAUUGAUUUGAUUGUGU